CAAAACGCAUCCAAAAAGCCUCACAACACGGAACAGAAACUCAUCGAAACUCGGCGGCACGUGUACCGGUUCCCGUUUCCAGCCCGUUCUACUGGUUCCCAAUUGCUCCGCGAAUCGCUCGAAAAACUUCGCCUCGUGUUCGCAUUUCGCCGUGGACCCCUGCACUUUGAUUGUUGCUUGCAUCCGAAGAGGCACUGUCCGCUCGCUUUCCUGGUAUCGAUUUGUCCUGAAAACUUGUGAUUCUCGCUUUGUCUUGAACGUCUCGUCGACGUUUGCCCAUUUCGAGGUCAAUGCGAUAAACUGCUUGGCGGCAAGCGGAUCCCGUGAGUGUUUUUGAUUUUACUCGCCGUUUCGCUGUUCGAUUGUGAAACCCGGGCGAAGAGGAAACAAUUGGCGUGUGGAACACAGCCGUCGUAGUCGUUGUCGUCAGUGUGUUCAGCGAUCCGCCGAAAAGAAAUUUGCGUGCGUGCGAAAUUCUUCCGCGAGCAAAAGAAAGGAAAGCCAGCGAAAGUACUUGACUUAGCGGCCGGAAAAACAGCAGGAACAGCAGCGUGCCUGCCCGACAUCAGAAUUAAAGAAAGAAAAGCCGAGAGUUUUUGAAAUUCUGCCAGUCGCAGUCCGGGACUAGCUCAGUGGCGGUGUUUUGAGUUUCGCGGCGUUUUUCGGUUGAUUUCCAGCGAGCGAAAGCCUAGGAAAGUGUUGCCCAGACGGAAAGGAUACGGGGGCAGACAACUUCGGUGAAAAAUGGAGAAAAGAAUACAACUAGAGAAGCGGGGACGUCUUCCAAGCCAGAUACAAGAGCUAAAUUUGGAUAACUGUCGAAGCACAAACAUUGACGGUUUGACCGAUGAAUUCACAGCCUUGGAAACCCUCAGUUUAAUAAAUGUUGGUUUAACAACAUUGAAAGGAUUUCCAAAACUACCUAAUCUAAAGAAAUUGGAAUUGUCGGACAACAGAAUAUCCAAUGGAUUGAAUUACCUAAUAACAAGUCCUAAACUCACAAAUCUGAAUUUAUCCGGAAAUAAAAUCAAGAAUCUGGAGACGCUGAAACCUCUAGAGAAUUUCCAAAAUCUCGAAGUGCUGGACUUGUUUAACAAUGAAGCGACAGCCGUUGAGAACUACAGAGAAAAGAUUUUCGCAAUGAUUCCAUCGCUUAAAUACUUGGACGGUUUUGAUGCAAAUGAAGUUGAAGCGCCGUCAGAUGGUGAUCACGAUUCUGAAGACGAUGAUGUCGCUGGGGGCGCCUUCUGCAUUAAUGGGUUGGAAAUAGAUUUGGACGAAUUGGAAACUUUUGAGAAGAAGUUGGUGCAAAAACGGGGUGCGGCUAUAAAGCCACAACUUAGUAACGAGGAACCAGACGAUCUGGACGAAUUGUUGGAAAAGCUGAAAUUACAAGACGAAUCCUCGUCAGUUAGUGAUAAAAUAAAGAGAAACGACUCUACCGAAUCUGUGAUAAAUAAUAGUGCAAUAUUAGAAAAUGACAUAGUCAGCCAUAAUGAAAAUGCAAGGUCUGCUGAUUUAGAGAGGAAACAAGACGAAACUGCCAAAGAGAGUGAUAGUAGUCAAUUACAGCCACGGCCCGUCAGCCUUCCCAUGUUGAUGUUUGGACUGAUGCUCAUAAUGACCCUAGUCAAUUAUGCUGUUUUUUCUGAGGAAGGUGACGAAGAUGAUGAAGGUGAUGAUGACGAUGAUGAUGAAGAUGGUGAGAGUGAUGAGGAAGAUAAUGGGGACGUAUCAUUAUCAGAGGUUUAUAAUGAGGAUUUAGAAGAAGAUAAUUCCGAUUGGGGGGAGGAAAAUGAAGCAGAAGAAGAUGAUGAAGAUGGUGACACAGAUUCAGAAGCAGAUGAAGGGGAUGAAGCUGCUAAGGAUGAAAAUCAAACAGAAGCCCAAGUGCCAGAAGAGUCACAAGCACGUGGCAAAAAGAGAAAGCACGAGGGUUAAGUUACAUAUGUGCUUAAGAGAAGAUCCAAAAUAUGGGAAGAUCAAAAACAAAUAUAAUGAUAAAACUACAUAUAAUACAAAGAAAAGAAGAAGCAACGGAAAAUGAGAAAAACAAAGAGUAAUAAAAGUAAACCCCAACAUUUUGAUUUUAUUUUUUUCUCUCUUCAACAAUUGGAAAGUUUAGAUACAAUAUACACACGCGUAUAGGAGAAACAUUGGUCAAUUUCUAUCAUGUAUAGGAACAAAAUACAUCAUGUAACAAUUAACGGAACCCUUACAAAAUAUUGCAAACCUAGCCAUCCCCAAGUCACCAGACCACAUUAGCUUUCGAUCCCGUUUUCAUUUCCUUUUGGCAUUUAUGAUUCUCUAGUAAUUGAACCAGCGGAAAGCUAAUAAAUACCUUUUUUACUGUAUUUGUUUAUAAUAAGUUAUAUAAGUCUGCUUAAAUAUAUGUUAAUAUUAAAAUGCAUUCAAGUAUUCACAAUUGCACACAAGUUACACAAAUACAGAUGCAACGCAAAGUACGAACUUUUCAUGGAUCCCAGCAAGAAAAAAACAGACGUUUUUAAAGUCAUUUGUAAGUUUUAUUUUCAACGUCCUCAUUUCAUAGCAGCCGCUUCUCAAUUAGAGGACAGUCCGGUCGGCUUUUAUACACUCGAAACAAAGAAAUGCGUUUGUGAAUGAAAUUAACGCGAACCCAUUAGUCGGAAUGAAAUGCAAGUGAAUAAAAUACCCUUUCGGGUGUACGUUUUUGAGUCACGUGAUAAGUUCUAAUAUCGUUUACAGUCUUAUUUAACACUUCUUAUGUAAAUAAUUCUUCAGCAAAGUAGAAAGUAAAUUGAAUUAAGAAAGACGCAGAGACAACGUGCGAAGUUCAGAUGAAAUAUUCUCCCGAAAGCAAGAAAGAUAGAUAAAACUGAAACCGCUGAUGAUGAGACCAAGUGCUGCAUAUUUUAGAAGCAAGUUCUUAUAUGCUAGAUAAUGACUAAGUUUCGCCUUUUCUCUCUACCAAUUAUCGUCUGCGUUUGCUAAUGAAUGCAAAGUAAUCGGUAAACAGAAAGGUUAAUACAAAAAGACUCCUCGCUAGGCCCCCCUUCCACCCAAAUCCCAGAGUUAACAUCACACUCUCCAAUUUUUGUUCCACAAAAUGCCAAUCAGAUAGAAUCAAUAUUUUGAUAAGAGACUUGCAAAAUGUAAGCCUGCUGAAAGAAAAAACGAUGAAAGAUUCAGGAAGAAAUUUGCAGAUAUCGUUGUUUGUUACUAUUCAGUUACAAUUAUUUAGACACUGUUUUCACCCCCUCUAUUCCGUGCGGUAGAUGUAAGUUUCAGCAGACGAGAUCCUUUGCGGUAUUCAUUAUUUUUAAAGAAGAAUAAAACCUAGUGUGCACUGUAUUUUUUUAAAAACUCCAUUUUGAACUAUACUUGAUUCAAUAAAGAUAUUCACAUUAAA